GUGACGUAGGAUUGGAAUGAGGGAGGGAAUGUUCCGGGUCAGAAACUGGACGGGAGAGGAAAUUAACUCCGGGACGAGACGGAAAAACGAGAACGCUACCCUCUUCUACACGGAGAUGUAGUCUGUCUUUUACACGCUAAAAAGAGAGGGUUUAAAAGCGGCGGAGGUCGACGUGAGACGAGGAACCGAGCGGAGAGGAAAAAAACAGGUGCCUCCAAACUAACCAAAGUGAGACAACGACGGAGAAUAAUUCCCAUGUUCGUCGUGACGGUAGCUCGGUAACGCGACUUCACUUGCAGUUGGAGUUUCGGUUUUUACUUGCCUGUGAGUUUCGCUACACUUAAGUUUGACGGUAUAUUUAGUCCAGGACUGUCCCGCCGUAGCAAUCUGUUGCAUCCCCCUUUUCCUCCCCGCUGUUUGUUUAUCGCACGGGCACGAGAUUUAUCCCCACCUCCCCCGUGAUGUUUCACUGCAUACCCCUGUGGCGGUGCAACCGUCAUGUUGAGAUGAUCGAUAAACGCCACUGCUCCCUGUUGUAUGUGCCCGAUGAGAUUUAUCGCUACGGACGGAGUUUGGAGGAGCUGUUGCUGGAUGCCAACCAACUCCGAGACUUGCCCAAGCCAUUUUUCCAGCUGCUGAAACUAAGAAAACUUGGCCUGAGUGACAACGAGAUCCAGAGACUUCCACCAGAAAUAGCGAACUUUAUGCAGCUGGUAGAACUGGAUGUCUCUCGAAAUGAUAUUAUGGAAAUUCCAGAGAGCAUUUCAUACUGCAAAGCCCUCCAAGUGGCAGAUUUCAGUGGAAAUCCAUUAACAAGGUUACCUGAAAGCUUUCCAGAGCUACGGAAUCUAACAUGCCUUUCCAUCAAUGAUAUUUCAUUGCAAGUUCUUCCAGAAAACGUUGGGAAUCUUUCCAAUUUGGUAUCACUCGAGCUCAGAGAAAAUCUGCUGACAUUCCUACCAGAGUCACUAUCUAUGCUUCGUAGACUUGAAGAGCUCGACCUAGGAAAUAAUGAACUAUACAGUUUGCCAGAGUCAAUAGGCGGUCUUGUCAGCUUGAAGGACCUGUGGCUGGAUGGAAACCAGUUGGCCGAAAUCCCCUCGGAGAUGGGCAGUAUGAAAAGCCUGCUGUGUCUGGAUGUAUCGGAAAACAAAAUGGAGCGACUUCCAGAGGAGCUAGGGGGCCUGGUGUCGCUCACCGACCUGCUGGUGUCUCAGAACCUCAUCGAUGCUCUACCAGAAAGCAUCGGAAAACUACGGAAACUUUCUAUAUUGAAAGCGGAUCAGAAUAGGCUAACGUAUCUUCCAGAGAGCAUCGGUAACUGUGAAAGCCUUACUGAACUCGUGCUCACAGAGAACCAGCUACAAAGUUUGCCUAGGAGUGUUGGGAAAUUAAAGCGAGUUUCCAACUUCAACUGUGACAGAAACCAACUAACGUCAUUACCUAAGGAGAUCGGGGGCUGCAGCGGUCUGAAUGUCUUCUGUGUACGAGAGAACAGACUGACGAGGAUACCGUCAGAGCUGUCGCAAGCCACAGAACUGCACGUGCUAGACGUUUCCGGAAAUAGGCUCAUCCACUUACCGAUGUCACUGACCACGCUACGACUGAAAGCAUUAUGGUUGUCAGAGAACCAGUCGCAGCCUCUCCUCACCUUUCAGACCGACUCGGAUCCCGACUCGGGCGAGAAGGUGCUCACCUGCGUGCUGCUGCCUCAGCAGCCAUACGAACCAGACAAUAAAGGCUCUGAUAAUCUUGCCCGCUGUGGAGCCCUGGAGAGCCUGGUGACUGACAUGGCAGAUGACACAUGGGACAACAAAGCCAUGAACAGGAUCAGUGCCAUUCACUUUCUGGAUGAUGAGGAGGAGGAGGAUGAUGACAAGGGAACACUACUCCGCCGGGCCACGCCUCACCCCGGCGAGCUGAAGACGAUGAAGAAAGCGGCCGAGAACCUCCGCAACGACCUGAACGCUGCCAAAGGCCUGGACUCCAACAAAAACGAGGUCAAUAACGCUGCAGACAGAGUGACCACAUCUGUGUGACCUUUACCUCAGAAAUGUUUUUUUUACCUCCUGUGUCUCGCCGUGUCGUCCCGCACAACCCCGCAGACCCCUCCUGUUUUCUUUUUUGUUUUUUUUACCUAUGAACCCCGGUGUGGCCUACCCCUCCUCUGAUUACACCCUGGGACGCCUGUAACUGUACUGCCUGUACUCCAUCUCCAGUCCUGUGUAAAACGUGUUUGACUCAGUCUACCUGGGCCGCCGUGCCUUCCUCUUCUUAAUGUCCACAGCAAUAAUCUGCACAGAGAUGCUCCUUUUUAAAAAGAUAUUUAAAGAUGUAUUACUUUUUAAAAUUUCUCUUUUUAAAAACAUACAUUAGGUAGUUGCACUAUUAUAAGUCUUUUAUAAUAUGGUCAAACCUUCAUAAAUGUAUUAUAUAUUUGUUCUAUAUCUAUUUUUAAAACACUGGGUGAAUUCUUUUGACAUUUUGGGCAAACAUAAAAGCAGGAGUUUUUGGACCUACUGAUUUAAGGAUUAUUGUAUAAUCUCUUGUGAAUAUUGAUACUUUUAUACUUUUUGGCAGCUCGGAUGUAAAUAAAAAUGUAUAGCAAAUUUCUUAAUCAGUUGCAGAUUUAUAAAAGUUUUUUUCUUUUUUGAAGUUGGUACUUUUUUCCUUUUUUUUUUAUUAUUAUGAAAGAAGUGAACAAAACGCAGUCACUGAUGUCUUAUUCAAUACAUGUCAUUGGGUGAGUGGAUGGCCUUGAAUCCUCUUUUUGUUCAUCUGUAAAACAUCUAGACCUAUUUUUGGAUAAUAAAUAGAUUUGAAUAAUUCAUUAAGUUUGGAUUUAAGUACUGCACAUCAACCUUUAAUUACUCAUCUGCAACUUAAUUAUGCAGAAGUAACAUUGCUGUCUUAUUUAUAUGUGCUGUGCUUCACUGCUUUGCAAUGUGUUUCAAAUAGAUGCCAAAAACAGUUGUAUAUUUUCUUUCUUUUUAAAGUUUUCCUUUCCUUAACGAGUACUGUAUAUAAUAAUCAUCAGAGGUUUGGUGAGAAUGAGGUUCGUACCACAAGGAUUGCAUCCUUUUAAAAAUGCGGUUGUUAGAAGUCCAACUUUAUUGCACUUCUCAGCGUUUCUCAAAUUCUUUUACAUGGUACAUAAUAAUUUGUAUUUUGUUUUUAAAUUGAUUGCAAAAAAAAGUGGACCAGAGAAAUUGGUUCAAGUGUUGGUUUUUAUGUUUUUAAUUAUUUUCUGAUCAAACUGCACAAAACGGAUCUCAAAUGGACGCUGUGCCGGGAGAUUUGGAUGACUUUUUAACCACUGAUCAAUAAAAUGAGUGCAACACUAAA